CUAUAUAUUUUAUCCAUUAUUUAGAUGACUGCUGAUCAAACUGAAGUUGCUGUAAAAUUUAAAAUGGAUUUAAAAGUCAUUGGAAAUAUCCCUGUGUUGGUGCAUGCUUCUAUUCCUGGUCACACCGAUGCGGUUCAAAGAUAUUUGAAUGUCAUAGCAGAAGGUUCUACAUAUGAGAAGAGCGAGCCAAUAUCAGUGAAUGUGUCCUCCAAGGAAUCUUUCACGAAAGCAGUCAGUAUCGCAUACCCACCGAAAGUUGUGGAGGGAUCCGAGGUUGUGUCUGUGUCACUCAUUGGUGACAUCAUGGGACCAGUAUUAAGUGGACUCGAAAGAUUGAUCAGGUUCCCCACAGGCUGCGGCGAACAGACCAUGCUAUCGCUCUAUCCCAACGUGCUUGUCUUCUUGUACCUGGAAGCCCGAGCACGACUCAGUGCAUCGACGAAACAGAAACUUGAGAAAAAUACCAUCGCAGGUUACCAAAAUGAAUUAAGGUACCAGCACAAAGACGGGUCAUUCAGUGCCUUCGGGGAUAGAGAUAAAUCAGGAAGUACUUGGUAAGUUAUCUCUUGGUUUCACAAUUGUUAUUUGACCCCCAAGGUUUCAUUCAUUCCGACAUAGGAUGUA